AUAUCAACUGUUGUCUAUGCAAAAGGUUUAAUAAUUAAAUAUAUAUGCAAUUGUAUACCGGAAACCCGGAAUUAGAUAUAAAAUGAAUAUAAUUGGCUGAAAAGAGAAUAAUAACUGUUAUAUUCAAGCACAUACUAAUGACUCCUUUAUCCUUAAAAGUCUUAUAUUUAUUAUAAUAUCUUGGGCCCGUGCGGCUGCAUGAAUAAUAAAUAACAAUAAUAAGAGUUAUUUUAUUCUUUGCCAAAUGUAAACUCAAAGAUAAAUAAAUGAUAAAUCCUACCACUACAGCAUUGCCAUUAUAUCAUCCUUAUUCAGCUUUUAGAUAUAGCAGCCAUGAUCAACCACUAUCUGAAGAAGAAUCUCCGAUAUUUGAUGAUGAUGAUCAAAUCCCUACUGUAACUGAAUUCAAGACCAUUAUUGAUGAUUAUCUAAAUAAUUUAAGUCCAAAGAAACGAGAUAAGGCUCUUGUAGAUACUCACCGAUAUUGUCUUAUACAACAGGUACUAAGAGAUCCGCGUAAUACGGCUAUUUCUACAGCUCAAUUUCGUUUUUGGGUGAAAAAAAUGUUUCAAUUACAACCUGGUACAACCGAUGUUGUAUGUCACGAUAAUAAGCCGGUAGCUAUGAAAGAGCAAAUUUAUGAAAUUUUAGUCAAAGCGCAUCGAGAAGCACAUCAUGGAGGAAGAGAUAAAACUUCUGCCCUGGUACGAAGAAGAUAUUCUUGGAUUCCAAAAGAAUUGGUAGCUCGAUUUGUACGCCAUUGUCCAUUUUGUAUCACACGACGUAACAGUGGCCAUAGCCCUAGUGUCUUGAUUGCUAAAUGUAAUAGUCCUCGCUACCGUUAUUCAUUUGAUGCCACAGACGAUCUUUCAUCAGGACCUCCAUCUUCUUCAGAUAGUAGUUAUGAUACGAUGCCUCCUCCUCAUCCUUCACCUGGAAGAACUUAUUUUAAUUCUAUCUAUCAAGAAGAAGAACAACAACAACAACAGCAGCAGCAGCAACAGCAGCAACAGCAUCAACAACAAGACUUUUUAGUAGCUGUUGAUCCUUAUGACUGUUUACAACAACAACAACAACAGUCUCGUAAUAAUAACUAUUAUCGUCCUACAUCACAUAACAUAUUUUAUAAUCAACAACAAGGAUAUCAUCAUUCAACUUUCUAUUAUCCGUCAAUUAUGCGUACUAAUAUAGACCUUAUGGAUCCUCAUUCUGCUGUCUUGUCAACACAACAACAGCCUAUAUUUUCUCAUUUUACAACAACUGCAGCAACUCCAAAUGAAGAUGUAGUGACAUUUCAUGACAUUUGAACAUGAACAGAGCUUUAUUAUAGUAUAUAAAUUAUUUAUUUUAUAUCAAAUCACCCUCCAUCUUAU